GGAGGGGAAAGCAAUCCCUGUUCAGUUUCUGGUCCUGUGCUUCAGGGCCCCCUGAGAUUGGGAUAGGAUCCCAGGGACUGAGGUUCUGGGCUCGGCCUCUUUCCUUGCUCUGCUGGCUGGCGGGAGGAAGCGCUCGCCAGCUGGACGCCCCCUCCCCCUCCUCUGCCUCGCUGCCACCCCCACCCCGGCUGGAGUCCAGCUCUUGCAUUUCAACUGUUGGGUUUAGCUCUUGGGGACUUUUUUUGUGUUUGUAUAUUUCCUCCUCUUUCUCCUUUGUUACUCCGAAAACCCUUCCAGGCUGGAGGGAGGGACGACCAGGUUCUCAUGGAAGGCUGCUGCCGCUAAGUACCCCCUCCUCAGCCUUAAAAAUACUCGAGGAAAAAAAAAAAAGGCUCUCCCUACUCCCCGCUCCGACCCGUUGCCUGCUUUCUCUCCGCUGUAGCCAGCAGCUACAGCUCGGGCUUCAUUGAUGCUUAACGGAUGUGCCUGCAGCCUAGGACUGAUCUACAACAACAGGUCGUGCACAAUGCCCCCCAUCAGUUUCCAGGACCUCCCACUCAACAUCUACAUGGUCAUCUUUGGCACAGGCAUCUUUGUCUUUGUGCUCAGUCUCAUCUUCUGCUGCUACUUUAUCAGCAAACUCAGGCACCAGGCACAGAGUGAGCGGUAUGGAUAUAAAGAGGUGGUACUGAAAGGUGAUGCUAAGAAGUUACAUUUAUAUGGGCAGACUUGUGCUGUCUGCCUAGAAGACUUCAAAGGGAAAGAUGAGCUUGGUGUGCUACCUUGUCAACAUGCUUUCCACAGGAAGUGUCUGGUGAAGUGGCUGGAAGUCCGAUGCGUCUGUCCUAUGUGCAAUAAACCCAUCGCUGGCCCCCCAGAGGCCACUCAGAGCAUUGGUACCCUCCUUGAUGAACUGGUCUGAAGACUGCCUUUUCCCGAGGACUCGGACACCUAAAUGCCAAGUGCCUGCCUGGUCUACUCCUUAACUGCAUGGCCUACAGUGUAGCAGAUGCCCCUUGGGGCCGUCCCUUUAGCUGGAAAGAGAAUGGGCAAGCUGGUCCUUGCCCUUCCUUACGAAGGGGUAAAGUCCAGAGCCUCCGUCUCCUUCUGUCUCCCUUCUCCAGCACUCUGACGCCUCCUUCCCUGCUACUCUACCUUGCUGAUGUCGCUCAUGGGUCAGGGCUGCUAGAUUGUGGUGCCAGACUUUCUAUUUGUCGUUUGCUGUAGAGAAAUUAGACAUCUCCUGACACAAUGAAAAGUUUGUGUCUGAGCAAAAAAAAAAAGGACCAGGGACCAUCAGGGAAAUUAAGCCCAUUACUCUUCAGGGUGACCAGGACUAGGCUAGUCGCCCCACCCAGGCAGGAACUUCUUCGUUAGAUUCUCACAGUUGUUCCUUGAUGGGGAGGAAGGGAUGAGGCAGGCCCUGUCCCCAUUGGUAAUUCUUCCUCCCUCUUUCCUCACCUACCUUCAAGCAGGUGUCUGGGAGGAAAGAAGGGGAUACAAAGAGUAAGGCACAGGUUGGGGGUGGGGGGUGUAGUGGAUAACCGAAGUUCUGCCUGUGGCAGAGAUGAUGGAGGGCCAAUAGGCCACCUCCAUACUUUUUUUUAAAAAAAGUUAAUGUUUACAUUGGACUUUCAGAAACAGCAGCUGGCUGGCUGAACUGACAAAGUGUGGGAGCAAGCACCCUGCCCAGAGCUGGGAUCUGUGCGGUCACCAGUUUCUUAACCUGCCCUUUUCCCACUUCCCUUAGUUACUCUUAGAACUCCUCUUCCCACUCUCCUGGGUCCUGAAGGGUUUUGUGCAUCUACCAGCAGAAGAUGUAUUCCCUAUCACCAGGGUGAUUUCCAGGGGUCAGGUGUUUCUUGAAGGGAGAAAAGUGAUGGGGGUGGGGGUGCAGUGUUGAGGAUGGAGGAGUCUGGAAACCUUGGACCAGAUGCCCUUUUCUCUUUUGUAAAUAGUAUUUUUAUACCUUAGUCUCCUCACCGUCUCAGGCUUUGUACAUGGGACACUUGGGGAGUCCCAUUUCUCCCCAUAGUGGGUGGGGGGUGGGACAAAGGGUGUAUGCAAAAAAAAAUAAUAAUAAAGCAGAUUGUCUAAA